CUUAACCACUGGUACCUUGAAAAACUCUUUAAAAUAUCGAUGCGUUUUGAACGAUUGUUUAUCUGCACAAAACAAAACGAAAUAUGGAUUGCAGUAUAUUGUGCGUGCUAGUGUUUGUGUUGUUGCGUAAAGUAUUAGGUGAGCCAUUGGGUGAACGCCGUAAACUCGAACCCACGUUCCUUCCGACACCAACAAAUAUCACGGUCAAUCGUGGAGAUCUCGCAGUACUGGAAUGCCACAUCCGCAACCUAGGACCGAAAGUUGUUGUUUGGCAUAAAGGAAAAAACGACGUGCCUCUCACAAUCGGCAAAACUAUAUUCGAGCAGGAAAAUCAGAUUGAUAUCAAGUUCCAGCAGAAAUCAGAAGAUGAUUCUUACUGGGACCUGUUUAUUAAGGACGUUCAACCCAAACACGCCGGUGCCUACUUGUGUCAAGUGACUGCAUCCAAACUGUACACACACUACGUCACACUCCAUGUACUGGGUAUGUCUCUUUAA